AAAAUGUACGAAUAUAUAAAACGCGCUGGUCGACGUUUGUUCCUUCCGCUUACCCGUAGAGUAAACCGGAAGUGGUGCAAGCGUUACAGGCUGACAUUGAGCUGUUGUAAAGGUGGUGUUUGAACCACGAUAUAGCGUUAAAUCAGAGACACAAACAGCAGGUUCCUCAUGCUGAGCACUAAGCGUCUAGCCGAUGUGGGCUACCGCGUCUUCUCCGGCUCCAUGAUGCUGUUGACCCUGUACGGAGGCUACCUGUGUGCCAUGCGCGGCUACCGCUACAUGCAGAGACAGAAACAGCUCCAGCUGGUUGCACAGAAUCAGAACAUCGACCCUGAAAUUGUCAAAGAUUGAUCAACUGUUCGUACAGAGGCUGUGUCUCAUUUCUUUUUUUAAAUGGGACACGGUGGAGAUGAGAGCUUCCGUUACGGAUGGCGAAUGUACAUUAGAAUUAUUUUUUUUUUAUCUGUUGUAAUAUAUUAAUAAAUGGAGUGCAAAUGAAACCUCUCGUUCUUACAGAAAAGUGAAAGUCAACUAGACAAUUGUGUGGUUUGCUGCCAUUCAUUUAUAAACAGGGUCAAAAAUAAAGUACGGACUUCACA